AUGCGUCAGUUGCACCCCGCCAGCAACACCCCUACCUUACCUCUCCCUCGAUUAGCCGAAAGCUCGCAUGUUCUUCUCGAGGAAGAGUUGCGCGCACCACUGCAACAUCAAUACAGCGGCUCACAUAAGUUACUGCGACGCUUAGACAAAGCCUACGUCAUAUACCGCUACGGUAAACAUGAGACCGUCAGUUUUGACCGACUGAAAGCUGUGCAUUUGGAGGAAACCGUCACUCCCAACAAUGGUCCACCACCUGUUGCGCCACCCGCAACUCCCAUCCCAACAAAUCCUGCUCCAUUUACCCGGGUACAUCCCGUGAUACCCUCAGAGCAGCACAAUAUGGGUAUCAAUGAUCUUUUUCUGACAACUCCGUUCGUAUUAUACUGGCUCGUGCCCAGCUGGGACGGUCCUCCUAAUUUUUCCUCUGAAGGCAAACGACAACAGGGCAAGUAA